GUGACCCUUGACCAGCGGUUGCCAUGGCGGCGCCCAGCCGCGCGGCCCGGCCGAGGGAAGAUGGCGGUCGCGGGCUGGCUGGAGAGUCUGCGGGCGGCCGAGAAGACGGCGCUGCUGCAGGACGGGAGAAGAAAGGUGCACUACCUGUUCCCAGAUGGGAAGGAGAUGGCCGAAGAGUAUGACGAGAAAACCUGUGAACUACUGGUGAGAAAGUGGCGUGUGAAAAAUACCCUCGGAGCCUUGGGCCAGUGGCAGACUGAGGUGGGAGAGCCAGCACCCCCAGGAGCAGGGAGCCUGGGGCCUGAACUCAUCAAGGAGAGCACUGCCAACCCCAUCUUCAUGCGCAAGGAUACCAAGACGAGCUUCCAGUGGCGGAUUCGCAACCUGCCCUACCCAAAAGAUGUCUAUAGUAUGUGUGUGGACCAGAAGGAGCGCUGCAUUGUCGUCAGAACCACCAACAAAAAGUACUACAAGAAGUUCUCCAUUCCUGACCUAGACAGAUACCAGCUACCUCUGGAUGAUUCUUCACUGAGCUUUGCUCAUGCCAACUGCACCUUGAUCAUCUCUUACCAGAAGCCCAAGGAAGUCUUAUUGGCAGAGUCUGAGCUGCAGAAGGAGUUGAAGAAGGUCAAGACAGCACACAGUGGUGAUGGGGACUGCAAGACCCAGUAGACCCCUGAGCCUGCACCCUCUGGUGGACAAUGGUUGAGAUGCUGCUUCUUGCCUGCCUGAGACUUGAGGCCAAGGCCUUUCCUACACAGGCCGCACCACUUCUAGGAGCUUCUGAGGCUCAGUAAGAACCAGAGACUGGACUAUCAUUGUGUCCCCCUAACCCCCAAGUAAAUACAUUGUCGUGUAACUGUUAACUACCA